ACUUCUCAUUCACUCGGCUGGCGCGGCGCAGAGCGCGCAGGGAGCACUCGCCGCCGGUCGGUGCGCACGGCCGGAGCCAGAGGCCGCGGGGACACGGGCCAUGCGCGCCCCGAUCUGAUCUGAAGCCGCCUCGCACAGCCGCCGCGGCCAGCAGCCCGGGGCACCUCGGGGAGCGCAGGCUCGCAGGCACCUCCGCGCGGGGACCCCCGAACCCCGCUGCUGGGCACCGUGCUCACUCCCUGCUGCCCGCCCCGCCAGCAGCGCAGCGGACGGGAGCGCGCAGUGGCCCCGGCUCGCCGCGCCAUGGAGCGGAUCCCCAGCGCGCAGCCACCUCCCGUGUGCAUGCCCAAAGCGCCGGGACCGGAGCGCGGAGACCUGCCCGGGAUGGAUUUUGCCCACAUGUACCAGGUGUACAAGUCGAGGCGCGGAAUGAAGCGGGGCGAGGACAGCAAGGAGACCUACAAACUGCCGCACCGGCUCAUCGAGAAAAAGAGACGCGACCGGAUUAACGAGUGCAUCGCCCAGCUGAAGGAUCUCCUGCCCGAGCACCUCAAACUUACAACUUUGGGUCACUUGGAAAAAGCAGUGGUUCUUGAACUUACCUUGAAGCAUGUGAAAGCACUCACAAACCUAAUUGACCAGCAGCAGCAGAAAAUCGUCACCCUGCAGAGCGGCCUGCAGGCUGGUGAGCUGUCGGGGAGGAGCGUGGAAGCAGGCCAGGAGAUGUUCUGCUCAGGUUUCCAGACGUGCGCCCGGGAGGUGCUGCAGUACCUGGCCAAACACGAGAACACCCGGGACCUGCGGUCUUCCCAGCUCGUCACCCACCUGCACCGCGUGGUCUCGGAGCUGCUGCAGGGCGGCCUUUCCAGGAAGCCACCACCGGACGCCGCUCCCAAGGCCGUGACGGACUUCAAGGAGAAGGCCGGCUCCCUGGCCAAAGGCUCGGAGGGGCCUGGGAAGAACUGCGUCCCUGUCAUCCAGCGGACUUUCGCUCCCUCCAGCGGGGAGCAGAGCGGCAGCGACACGGACACAGACAGCGGCUAUGGCGGGGAGUCGGAGAAGGGCGACCCGCGGGCCGAGCCGAGCUUCGGAAGCGCCCGCGCGCGCAGCAGGUGCGCCGGGGACAGGGUGGGCGCCAUCAAGCAGGAGUCGGAAGAACCCCCCACCAAGAAGAGCCGCCUGCAGCUCUCCGAGGACGAAGGCCACUUCCCGGGCGGCGACCUCCUGGGCAACCCGUUCCUGGGCCCCCACCCACACCAGCCUCCCUUCUGCCUGCCCUUCUAUCUCAUCCCGCCGUCGGCCACGGCCUACCUGCCCAUGCUGGAGAAGUGCUGGUACCCCACCUCCGUGCCGGUGCUCUACCCCGGCCUCAACGCCUCGGCCGCCGCCCUGGGCAGCUUCAUGAGCCCGGACAAGGUCUCGGCGCCCUUGCUCAUGCCCCAGAGGCUCCCCUCCCCCCUGCAGGCGCACCCGGCCGUCGACUCCUCCGUCCUGCUCCAGGCUCUGAAGCAGAUCCCGCCUUUAAACUUAGAAACCAAAGACUAGAACUCUGCAGGGCUGGGGAGGAGGGGGCCUGCUGCUCUGCUUUCCUUCCUCCCUACUUCUGAAAAACAACAGCACCAACAGCAAAAAAAUGUUGGCGUGAGUGCAGCGAGCGGGGUGGCUGCGUCGUGUGCUCCGAGAUCGUCUGAGACGUGGAUGGGUGGAUGGACAGAGAAUUCGGGCUCGCAGGGUGGCGUGUGUGUGCGUGCGCGUGUGACGAGAGUGUGCGUGCGCCUGCGUGCGGGUGCGGGACGCUAAAGCUCCUUUUGGCACAGGGAAGUCACGAAGGACUGCUUGACGUGAGAAGGGUUGGGCAGGGAGGGGGCCGGAUGGUGGCCGACUUCUGGGCUUCUCCCCCACCCAGAGAAUAGCCUCCUUUGAUAACAAACCAGCUAGAUCUUUCAAAAGCUUCAAAGUCUUGCCCUGUGAGUCACUCUUCAGUUUUGGGAGCCGGGUCUUGUGGCUUUGAGCACAAGGUGCUUUCAAAAGAGGGCUUUUCCAGAGCACGGCUCCCGGCCAGCUGUUGGGGACCCCACCCUCUUCCCUUUAUUGUGGAUGUGACUCACCAGACGACGAGGACUGGGAGGGAGGGCGGUCAGACCGAGCUUUCUUGCUAGCGUGGCGAGGUAGCAGACACUGGCGUGGCAGCGGUUUGGGGAGGUUUCCCGCAGGUCUGCUCCCCACCCUGCCUCGGAGGAAUAAAGAGAAUGUAGUUCCCUACUCAGGCUUUCCUUGCCAUUAGCUUACUAAGGAACCGAAAACGCCCCCCUGCACAAGCUGAGCUGCCAGGGACAGAGGGAGGCGUCCCCCAGGCCGCUGGCUCCCGUCCCUGGGUCCCACCAUCAGCCCAGGGAACCAAACCAGGGUCUGCGAGGUGCCGACGCCCUCAGUGUCCCCAAAGUGCACAGAGCUGAGUCACAAACUGCUGUCCCCAAGCAGAGCUACACUCGGCUCCAAAUUCCAUCCUAAAACUCCUUUUUUUUAACCAAGCUUAGCUUCCCAAAGGCCUAACCACGGCAUGGCACUGCAAGAUCCUUUCUGUAGGCUAAUUUCUCUUGCCCGGCGGCAUAUGGAGUGUCCUUAUUGCUAAAAAAAAAAAAAAAAAAAGAUUCUGUCUCCUUCAAAGAAGUUUUAUUUUCGGUCCAGAGAACUUGUUCCCAGCUCGCCUCGCACCAGCUUUUCAAAAUGCACUAUGCGUGAUGGCCACCGUGUUUUUACUUUUUCUUUUCCCCGUUUUUAUUUCAGUUAUAAAGUCAUUGCCUUUAUUUGUAAAGCUGUUAUAAAUAUAUAUUAUAUAAAUAUAUUAAAAAAGGAAAAUGUUUCAGAUGUUUAUUUGUAUAAUUACUUGAUCUACAAAGUGAGAAAAAAAAUGAAUGUAUCCCUGUUUUUGAAGAGAAGAAUAAUUUCUUUUUUCUCUCGGGAGAGGUACAGUGUUUAUAUUUUGGAGCCCUCUUGGAGGUGUGAAAUUGUACAUAUUUUUAUGAGUAAAUGUUAAGUAGUUGUUUUAAAAAUACUUAAUAAAAUAAUCCUUUUCCUGUGGAAGAGAAA